AUGGCUCCCUCCAAAACAGUAGAUGCACUAUCAAGUGCUAUAGUUGCUCGGUUCUUGCGCAGCAAUAAUUAUUCCGAGACAUUAAAGGCUUUUCUCCGCGAGGCUGACCUUGCUCCCGACGUGGGGCAGACCUCUGGCGAUGACACCAACAACUGGACCAUCCAAAGCCUGCUCGAAGAGAAGAACACCUAUGACCAAACCGUGAAUUUUGAAAGAUAUGGCGAGGAUCAUCAGCAGUCGGCUUUAUGGAGCGAGCCAGCACCAUCAAGGCCUGCUCUCAUCCAGACACCGACAUCAUCCAAUAUUCUUGCUGCGUCUGUAGAGCAAUGGCAGAAACCCCGCGGCGAUGCCGAUGAAGCUGCCGCAGACCCUGCAUCAGCGCAGUCUUAUAUCAUCUCCACGGGUGCAGAUAGACAAGUCCAUUUACUGCAGUCAGCAGAAGGCAAUGCGGUUAUCAAGUCAUUCUCGGGUCUCUCUGAUUCACCAGUUCUAUCAUUUAUCUCGAUCCUGCAGGGCCGGUACAUCCUCAUGACCAACAUGUCCGGCCAGCUGCUCCUACAGCAUGGAUCCCAAACACUGGAUAAGAGGAAGGAUCAUGCAAAGUAUGCAGUGAAGGUGGUAGCCUAUGAAGACAAGGCUGAUCCUUCCAAGUGGUGGGUUGCCACCGCCGGGUGGGACGAGUGUGUUUUAUUAUAUUGCCUCAAUAUCCCCAACGAAGCAGACGCACCAGAUCUCAAGAUUGGUGAGCCUGUUACACGCAUUAAACUCGUUUCAAACCCGGAAUCACUGCUGUUCGUCCCACAUGUGGACAACAACGAGCCGCUCCUCCUCGUCUCGCGCAGAGACUCGACUUAUAUCUACUACUACCAGGUGGAAGCAGCAUCGGAAGAAACAGAUACUCGUGAAAAUGAUGGAGCCGAUGCUGAGAAGUCCCGACGCGAAGCUCGUCUCCUUGGACAGCAGAACCUGGCCCCCCCAUUCCAAUGCCUGGUGAUCAUCGUGCGUCUGCUAUUCCCUGCAAUGAAGACAGCGCCCGCUUCAGAGGACCCAGUGACACAGGCAUCUCAAGCACUGGCAACACUGGAAAUACAGAACCGCGAGGAUGCAGCUAUCCUCGUGCAGGCAAACACCUUCGCGCCGCAAACUGCUUACUCCACACCGCAGGUGGCAUGGAGGCCUAAUGGGUCUGGGGUCUGGGUCAAUGGAGAUGAUGGUGUGGUUCGUGGCAUCGAGACGAAGACGGGGAAGAUCAUUGCUACAUUGAAGGGUGCUCAUGAACCCGGCUCUAAGGUGAGAACUGUUUGGUCGGGAUAUGUUGCUGUACCUCAGGAAGAGGGUGACCCGAUCAGGGAGGAAUGGGUUAUCAGUGGUGGGUUCGAUAAAAGAUUGAUUGUUUGGAAGGUAUGA